UAUCAUUUUUGUUAUAUCAUACAUAAUGAGUUUAUUCCGUAUGUGGGUUUUGGAAGGAACCAAAAGGUUUUUUUCGUUCAGAUGGAAUAUUUAUGACUUUGUUACCCAGCUUCUGUUCAUGUUGACUGCAGCAUUUUGGAUAUCUGCCAUCGCCACAUUGAGUUGGCAGCCUGAUUUGGAACGUAAAUAUUGGCACUACUUAGACCCUCAGCUGCUAGCUGAAGGGUUUUUCUGUCUUGGAACUGUAAUGGCAUUCUUCAGAUUACUCUUUUACGUUCAACUGAACCAUGCACUCGGUCCUUUGCAAAUUUCAUUAGGAAAAAUGACUGUUGAUUUUUCACAGUUUCUCAUUAUUUUCAUCAUAGUUAUCGGUUCUUUCACUGCAGGCCUUUGUAGGCUGUAUGAAUAUUACGAUGGCAUGAUCCAAAUAGAUCCUGAAACGAAUGCCACAACUCGUCAGGAGAGUUCUUUCAUAAAUGCUUAUGACACCUUUACAGUUCUGUUCUGGGGACUGUUCUGUAUGUCUUCCCAAGAAGCAGGCGUGGUAGUGAUUGAAAAUUUACCAUCGGAGGGAGGAGAGCUAGAAGCUAUAAAUACACACGACUUCACCCAAAUGGUCGGCUACUGUCUAUUCGCUGUGUACUGUGUGUUCACUGUCAUCGUACUGAUGAAUAUGUUGAUUGGAGCUAUGUCCAACACGUUUCAAAAUGUGACUGAUAACUUGGACAUUGAAUGGAUAUUUGCACGUACUGAGAUAUAUUUGACGUUCAUGUCCCAAACCGUACUGCCUCCACCACUGAACUUUCUCCCAACCAGGGUUGGUGCCAGUGUUUUUUCAGCGUUUCGUAAAAAAUUCUUCAAAAUAGAAGAGACACCUCGAGAGGACCAAGAGAAAUUUGAAAAUGUAAUGGGAAAACUAGUGGCUCGGUAUUUCAGCAAAAAAAGAAAAGAAGAAACGUCUGGUGAAAAGCCAGACAGUUCAGUAGAUUAAGAUAUUUAAUUUAAUAAAGGAAUAUACAA